AUGAUACAAUAUACUGCGUUUUCAUUACUCUUAUUUAUUCUAUUAACCAUAUCUAAUUUGGUAUGGGGAAUAAAAUUUGAUCUUCCGGCAACCCCUUCGAACGCAUUAACACCGAAAUGUAUUUCACAAUACGUUUACACUGAUACUUUGGUUGUAGCAACAAUUAAGAUUGGAGUUGGAUAUAAUCAAAUAGUAGAUGUAAAGAUAACUGAUAAUAGUCCCGCUCAUAAUGAAUAUGGUGGUAAAAAAGAUAUUGAAGAGGAUACUCGUUUAGCUUUUACUACACAUGCUGAUGCAGAUGUUUCAAUUUGUUUUACAAAUACUCUAGAUGAUGAAUUUCGUCCUGAUCCAAAAUAUCGUCGUACAAUUGAUUUGGAUAUCGAUGUGGGCGCUGAAGCUAUUGAUUAUGAUGCAUUAGCUAAAGCCGAGAAAUUAAAACCUAUAGAUGCUGAAUUAAGAAAGUUAGAACAAGUCGUUCAAGAAAUCGUUGAUGAAAUGGAUUAUUUACGAAAACGUGAAGCAAGAAUGAGAGAUACGAAUGAAUCUACGAAUGAACGUGUUAAAUGGUUUAGUCUUGGUAGUAUGAUUGUAUUUGUAGGUUUAGGAGGUUGGCAAAUUAUAUAUCUUAAAAAAUUCUUCCAAAGAAAAAGAUUAAUUGAUUAA